AUGCUCUUCUCAUCCACUUUUUUGAAAGUUGUAUUUACUAUUACUGUAAUUUCUCAGGCUGUCUUAGCUGCUCCAACUGACAGUAUCCAAACUCAAGCUUUAAAUGCGCAUAACAGCUUACGUGCCAAGCAUCAUGUCGCCGGUUUAAGAUGGAAUCAAGCUUUAGCAAACCAUGCUACUGCCGUUAGCCGAACUUGUAACUAUGCCCAUAAUGCAAAGGGAACAGGUCAAAAUCUUGCUUGGGGACGACCUUCUUUGGAAGCUUCUAUCCAGGCCUGGUACGAUGAAUCUCAAUUUUAUGACUACAACACAGGCCGCUCCAGAUAUUCUAACAAAUCCGUUGGACACUUUACUCAAGUGGUCUGGAAAGGUACCACCGAGAUUGGCUGUGGUUCCACUUACUGUGCUGCCAAAAAACAGUACUUCUACGUAUGUGACUACAGUGCUGCAGGAAAUAUGGCUGGUGGCCAAGCUGCUAAUGUAAUUCGCCCAUAA